GGGAAUCUACAGCACAUGGAUCCCACGCGAAAUCCUUGCGUUUCCAUCACAACUGAAAGGAAAUGCUUUAUGAAACAUGAUAGCAAAAUAGGUGCGCUUUUUUUUCCCACUGUAAUAAUAAAGUAUUAUUCCUUUACAGAAGAGUCUGUCCCACGAACACAGGUGGAGAGGAGGAAAACAAGUCCGUAUUUCUCAAGUAAAUACAGUAAAGAAGCUCCAAGCCCACCCAGAAGGAAGGCCUUCAGAAAAUGGACUCCUCCACGUUCUCCUUUUAACUUGGUCCAAGAAACGCUUUUCCACGAUCCGUGGAAACUGCUCAUUGCAACCAUAUUUCUCAAUAAGACGUCAGGUAAAAUGGCGAUUCCUGUGCUCUGGGAGUUCCUUGAGAAGUACCCUUCUCCCGAAAUAGCCAGAACCGCGGACUGGAAGGAAAUGUCGGAGCUGUUGAAGCCUCUCGGCCUCUACGCACUCAGAGCAAAAACUAUAAUAAAAUUUUCAGAUGAGUACCUGACCAAGCAGUGGAAGUACCCCAUUGAGCUGCACGGAAUUGGAAAAUAUGGGAACGACUCCUACAGGAUCUUCUGCGUCAACGAAUGGAAAGAGGUGCAGCCGCAGGACCACAAGCUGAACACGUACCACGCGUGGCUGUGGGAGAACCGCGAGCAGCUCGGCGUGGGCUGACCGCCGGCACGGCCCCGGCAGCGGCACGGCCCCGCGCUGCCCCCCGG